CGAGGCAAUGAUUGCAGCCUCGCGCACCGGGCUCUCCGAUAGGAUUUGGCUGCAUAGCGGUGCACCGUUGCAACGACAACAACGCAGAAAGCAUUGCAAGGAUGCUCGCACUGCGCACGCUGCAGCGCGGCGCGCCGCGAUGGCUGGCGACGCGCGCCGCCUCGACGACACCGGUAGCGCUGGUCGGCUGCGGCAUGCCCGGCCGCGGCAUGGGCUGGUAUCACGUGGCACGCGGCGUACAAUGAAUUCCCGCGCGAGCUUCACGAUUUGUCCGCAGGCCAAGCAGAUUCUGGACGGAGACGUGCCCUCGGCCACGUUGACCGACAUCGUCGAGCCCUGGUUCCUCGGGGGAGGAAAGGACGGCCCCGGCGGCGCCGAGUUCGCCGCCUUCAAAGCCGAACACGAGGGCAAGGUGCGGUUCCACGCGAGCAUCGCGGACAUGCCAAAACCAGAUGGGAAGAUGAUGGCCAUGGCGCGGACGCGGCGUCUUUUGCACGCCGCGAUGGCGUCGACGCGCGUCGCGGCCGCGCAGGUCUGCACGCGCACGGCGGACAUGCCCGGCUACGUCGACGAGCUCGUGGACCACGGCGUGUCCCACGUCUUCCUCGAGAAGCCGGGAGCCCCGACGGUAGAUGAAUUAGGACGCAUGAAGGACGACUGUGCCAAAAAGGGCGCGACGAUCUGGAUGGGCUUCAAUAAAAAUGUGACGGCCUACGUGACGAAGGGGCGCGAGGCCCUCGCGAAGGUGCCCGGCGGCGACUUCACGCUCGUGCACCACAACGCGUACAAGGCGGACGAGCUCGGCGAGUGCUUCGAAAGGAACGCGGAGGGCAUGCUCAAGAACAUGGCCAUCCACGAACUCGCUUUGUUGGUCACGUUCUUCGGCGUCAACUCCGAGACCCUGUCGGACGUCGUCGCCGACAAGGCCUACUCGGACCUGCGGACGGAGAAGGGUCCGUCGUCCGGCGACGACUUCACGGACUUCUCUCGCAUCGGAUUCACGGUCACGACGAAGGCAGGAGCCAAGGUCAGCGUCUACGCCGACCGGUGCGGCCUGGAGCUGCCCGACGGCGCGAUGGCGGACGGCGGGAUGAUGUACUCGUCCGUGUCGAAGCUCGGGAUCAUCCAGUCGCGCGACAUCAUGCCGGAUGCCGACCUCGUGGCCACGGUCGAAGCUAGAAGCAAGGAGAACCCGGACUGGAUGCCCUACUUCCACCUCCAGCACGACGACUACAUCACGCUGAAGGAGCGGUGCACGGCGCACAUCGCGUCUGGGGCUUCGGGCGACCCGGAAGGCAUCGCGACGAUCCAGGUCGGCUACGACACCUUGAAAUUGGCGGAGACGCUCAAGCCCUUGCUCGAGAAGCAGCUCCUCUAGAAGGCUCCCCACGCCGUCGACGCGACAGACGUGUCUGCCCCCGACCCAAGACUAACUCCCGCCCUCGUGUAUAACAUUUCCCAUCGAAGGCUAGUUACGCAGGGA